AAACUGCGAAAUUACGCGUGGCAACCGAAUCUGUGCAAUCGCUGCAUUCAUUGAGUAUCCAGUGUGCCUUGUACUGGUCUCCGCACCGCUGCUGGGCGCUCCUGUGGUUUUCGGUGCAUCACGUAGCGUAGAGAGCCCUGAAAUUGCCCUCCAGCAGCACUAUACGCUGUCGACGCGGGCGUUUGCGUGCAUUUCUUGCGGCAUACAACUCGCACGACUACUCAUGGCGCCGCGUCUUGCACUGCUACUGCUCCACGCCUCCGCCGCGACGGCACGCGACCUCGACAAGUGCGCCGGCUGUGCCGUCGUCAUGCGCAGCCUGCAGAAGGUGCUUUCACUAGAGCACCUCGACGAAGAUAAAACGGACAUCCUGUCAGGAGGCCGGUUAGAUGGCAACGGCAACCGGCAGGGCAAGCUCGUCAAGUACGCCACGAGCGAGUUCCGCACGAGCCACCUAUUAGAUCAGGUCUGCGACUACGCCGAUACAUUUAUACCAAGGUACGAAGGCGGCUGGGCACCCAACGCCACAAAGCAACAACGCUUCGAAGACGUCGUCCGGGGCAAGGCCAAGCCGUUCCCGAAAUUAACGAAGGCGCACAACGAGGAGGAGACGUUGCGGCUGAGACUGCGCUCCUACUGCGAUUCCGUCGUCGAGGACCACGAGGACGCGCUUGCUGAGCUGAUUGUGGCCGAGGCGCCUCCGGAAAACGCGUUGCAAGCGAUCUGCCGCGACGCGACGGCGAGUUGUGAUGAGGAGGGCCUCGCGGCGGCCCACAUCUCGGAGGCCGCGCCCGAGGCGAAGAAGCGGAGGAAGCGAAAGAAGAAGAAGUCAUCAAAAGAGCUCUAAUAUAUACAUGUUUAUUA